AUGAUAACGGUAGAAAAUUUGAAUUUCAAACUCAAAAGCUUGCUGAGUAAUGAUCCACAAGCUCGGAAUCAUCCUGUGGCUCGUCUGGUCAUUGAACACGACUUUAUUUUGAAAGCAGGAGAGACUAGAUACGAUGUGUUGAUGUACUUGUUGAAUCGGUAUUUCGUUCCUGCUGGAUAUUUCUCUGAUGAUAUCAAUCGCCUGCUGCAACUUCCUUUGGAUAGCAAUGACCACAAGGAACAAGCAAUUCUUCAAGCAUGCUCCUGGCUCGGAAUUAUUGAAGGUUGUGAUUUGAGUUUGGUGAGAGGAGAUGAGUGCACUCGAGAGAGAAAUAUUAAAUUCAUUGGUGAUUUGUUGGAGCUUGUGGACACAGUGAAGGACUCUCCACUUGAAGACGCAAAGCAACAAUUUGCAAAUGAUUUCAAUUUUAUUAAUCAUGUUAGUCACAACAUGAAUGCAGUACUUGUAAACGAUUUAAAGCUCUUCUCCAACGACAUGAUAUCCAAAUUCAGAAAAAAGAAACUUCCAGACAUACAGUCUUUCCAAAAGGAUGUAGAAAAAGCCAAUACCCAUAUCACUAGAUAUCAGGAAAUUAUAGAAGACCUUCAAAACAGAAUCAAUGAGCAAAACAAAGGUAUUCAUGUCGAUAUGAAUCAAAAUCUAUGGGAUGGAAACUAUUUUUGCAUGUCAAAUCUAUCUCAGGAACAUUUGGAAAAGAUUAGACAAGUUGGAGAGGCAGUGAACAAAUUUUCUGAGCUUGUUCAAGAUUUUAUUCGGGUAUUUAAGGAGGAAUUUGCUCAAUGGGUCAUCAACAAACCUCAAGAGGAAUUGUCUCCAUUGGAGAAUGUGACAUUGAAAAUCACAGACGCUUUUUCACGUUUAGAACAUUUCAUUCAAAACGUGCAUCAUAUUCAAGAGUCCUAUCAACAACUUGUGAGCAACGGUACCAUUAUUCAGAAAGCUCUUUCGAGCUAUGAAAGCCUCAUUCAACCAAAGUUAGAUCUAAUGGAACAAUCCUCUUAUAUGAACAACUUUUAA